AUGUCUGAAAUUCCGCUCAUCACCUUGAACAAUGGACUGAAAAUGCCAUCGGUCGGGUUCGGCUUGUGGAAAGUCGACAAGAACACCUGUGCCGACCAGGUCUACGAGGCUAUCAAGGCUGGCUAUCGCUUGCUGGAUGGUGCAUGCAUCUACGAAAACGAGCAGGAGUGCGGCGAGGGAGUUGCCCGAGCCAUCAAGGAAGGCAUUGUCAAGCGUGAAGAUCUGUUCAUUGUGUCCAAGCUGUGGAACAACUUCCACGAGGCACAUGUGGUCGAGCCCAUUUGCAGACGCCAACUACAGGACUGGAAGAUCGAUUACUUCGACCUUUUCCACAUGCACUUCCCGGUGUCUUUGAAAUAUGUCGACCCCAAGGAACAGUACCCUCCUCCAGAUGGACCUGAAUUCCCCCAGGGACCUGCCUCUGUGCACGAAACGUGGCAGGCGAUGGAGAAGCUGGUUGAGAAGGGACUCGUCAAGAGCAUUGGUGUCUGCAACUUCAACGGCGGUCUUCUCUACGACCUUCUGAAGUAUGCUAAGGUGAAGCCAGUCGCCCUGCAGAUCGAACACCACCCAUACCUUACACAGCCAAGACUGGUGAAAUUCGCGCAGGGCCAAGGUCUCGCAGUUACAGCAUACUCAUCAUUCGGUCCUCUCUCGUUCGUCGAGAUGGAUUUGGAAGAGGCUUUGAAGGUUAAGCCUUUGUUCGAGACGAGCCCGGUCCAAUCUGCUGCGAAGCGAGUUGGAAAGUCCCCUGCACAGGUCCUUCUCCGCUGGGCUACACAACGCGGUAUUGCUGUUAUUCCCAAGAGUAACAAGCCCACUCGUCUGGCGGAAAACCUCGACGUCAGCUCCUUUGACCUGACAAAGGAUGAGAUCGAGGCUAUCAGUGGACUCAACAUGCGUCUGCGUUUCAACGAUCCUGUCAAGUUUGGCGAGCCUCACCCGAUAUUCGAUGACUUUGGCGACUACUAG